ACGAGCCGUCACUCCGCGCUGCACGCUGCAUAUAUCCGAGAGCCCAAGCGCGCGUCAGGGCAGGCAGGCUCCACCAUUUCUCCCAGCUCGACCCGCGCACACCGCCGCCCGGGGAGGAAAAGCAUGGGGAGGGCGCCGUGCUGCGAGAAGGUGGGGUUGAGGAGGGGGAGGUGGACGAAGGAGGAGGACGAGAAGCUGGCGAGGUACAUACGGGAGAACGGGGAAGGGGCGUGGAGGUCGAUGCCCAAGAAUGCCGGCCUGCUGCGCUGCGGCAAGAGCUGCAGGCUUCGGUGGAUCAACUACCUCCGGGCCGACCUCAAGAGGGGGAACAUCUCGCCCCAGGAGGAGGACAUCAUCCUCAACCUCCACGCCACACUCGGCAACAGGUGGUCCCUGAUCGCCGGCCACUUGCCCGGGCGGACGGACAAUGAGAUCAAGAACUACUGGAACUCGCACCUGAGCCGGAAGGGAUACGAGUUCCUCCGCGGCGGCGGCGGCGGCGCCGUCGUCGACGUCGACCUCAGCAAGUUGCCCGGCGGCGGGAAGCGGCGCGGCGGCCGGACGGGCCGCAGCAGCAGCGGGAAGGAGAAGACGAGGACGAAGGAGAAGGACAAGGCCCCCGCUCCAGAAGCUGCGCACAAUGACGACGGCGGCGGCGGCGGCGGCGGCGGCAUUGACAACGUCUCGGCAGCUAGCCACAGCCACAGGGAGGAGCAGGCACAGGCGAGCGCCAGUGGUCUCACAUCAGAUGGGCUCGAGGAGGGCCCACUGGGCCUAAGCGAGGAGAUGGUGAGUGGGCCCGUGGGACCGGUGAGCCCAAAGCCUGAGGUGGGCCAGGAUGGGUCUUCUGCAGAGAGUGGCUGCUGUGGGCCUAGUGGAUCCAGUGGCCCAACCGAGGCUGUGGGCCAGGACAUGGGCGACAAGUCCAUGGACUGGGACCUGGUGGGCCUGGACGAUGGCUUCGCCAACGAUGACAUGUGGGGCUCACUCUCCUGGGACUACGGGGAGUUGGUGGGCCCGGAUGGAGUUCAUCAGGGCGAGGUGCUAUCCGACUUGUUCUUCUUGGGCAACCUGUAGCCAAGAUGUGUAGGUGAAGUGACAAACGUGUUUGGGUUUCACCAUCUUUUGGGCAUGUUUGAUGGGGGCCGUAUUGAUUUUGGGGUAGAGAGGUUGAUGCGUGUCUAGUGAGAAGAACGAUACUAGUUGAGUACUUGCGUUAGUUCUUUUGGUUUACCGGUCAUGAAGAUUUGUGUGCGUAUGCAUCAACAUGAGAUUAAUGCAUAGACCGCACGCUAUGAAUGUAUAAUUCUAGCAUCCAUAAACUGGAUUGCAAGGAAUACUUACAGUCCUAUUUUGGCACUAUAUGGAUAGAUGUGCUUCUGAAGUA